CACACCCGCCUGCCCACCAUGUCGCAGAUGCUGCACAUUGAGAUCCCCAACUUCGGCAGCACGGUGCUGGGCUGCCUCAACGAGCAGCGGCUGCUGGGCCUGUACUGCGAUGUGUCCAUCGUGGUCAAGGGCCAGGCCUUCAAGGCCCACCGGGCCGUGCUGGCCGCCAGCAGCCUCUACUUCCGCGACCUGUUCAGCGGCAACAGCAAGAGCGCCUUCGAGCUGCCGGGCAGCGUGCCGCCCGGCUGCUUCCAGCAGAUCCUCGCCUUCUGCUACACGGGCAAGCUGACCAUGGCGGCCAGCGAGCAGCUGGUGGUCAUGUACACGGCCGGCUUCCUGCAGAUCCAGCACAUCGUGGAGCGCGGCACCGACCUGCUGUGCAAGGUGAGCUCGCCCCACUGCGACUCGCAGACCGCCGCGGCCGAGGACGCCAGCUCCGAGCCGCAGAGCCCCUGCGCCCAGCUGCAGCCGGCCGCCGCCACCCCCUACAUCGUGUCCCCCUCCGUGCCCAUCCCGCUGCUGACCCGCGUGAAGCACGAAGCCAUGGAGCUGCCCCCGGCCGCCGGCCCGGGCCUGGCCCCCAAGCGCCCGCUGGAGACGGGGCCCCGGGACGGCAUGGUGGUGGCCGCCGGCGCGGCCCCGCUCAAGCUUCCCCGGGUCUCCUACUACGGGGUGCCCAGCCUGGCCACCCUCGUCCCCGGCGUCCAGCAGGCACCCUACUCCCAGGGGGAGCGGACAAGUCCGGGAGCCAGCAGCCUGCCCGCCACCGACAGCCCCACCUCGUACCACAACGAGGAGGACGAGGAGGACGACGAGGUUUACGACGCCAUGGUGGAGGAGCAGUACGGCCAGGUCUACAUCAAGUCCACGGGCAGCUAUGCAGUGCAGGAGAAGCCGGAGCCGGUGCCGCUGGAGAGCCGCUCCUGUGUCCUCAUCCGCCGGGAUCUCGUGGCGCUGCCCGCCAGUCUCAUCAGCCAGAUCGGGUACCGCUGCCACCCCAAGCUCUACUCGGAGGGCGACCCCGGCGAGAAGCUGGAGCUGGUGGUGGGCUCCGGGGUGUACAUCACGCGUGGCCAGCUCAUGAACUGCCACCUGUGUGCUGGCGUGAAGCACAAGGUCCUGCUGCGGAGGCUCCUGGCCACCUUCUUCGACAGGAACACGCUAGCCAACAGCUGUGGCACGGGGAUUCGCUCGUCCACCAGUGACCCGAGCCGCAAGCCGCUGGACAGCCGGGUCCUGAAUGCUGUGAAACUGUACUGUCAGAACUUCGCGCCCAGCUUUAAGGAGAGCGAGAUGAACGUGAUCGCGGCCGACAUGUGCACCAACGCCCGCCGCGUGCGCAAGCGCUGGCUGCCCAAGAUCAAGUCCAUGCUGCCCGAGGGCGUGGAGAUGUACCGCACGGUGAUGGGCGCCUCGGCCGCCGGCGUGCCCCUGGACGCCGAGUUCGCGCCCGCCGCGGCGCAGCUGUUCGAGCAGCGCGUCUACGCCGAGCGGCGCGGGGACGCGGCCACCAUCGUGGCCCUUAGGACUGACGCGGUGAGCGUCGACCUGGGAGCCGCCAACCCCGCCUUGGAGAGCGGCGAGGAGGCCGACGGGGCCGGCUCGGUCAUCCAGGAGGUGGCCGGCCCGGAGCCGCUGCCGGCGGCCGGCCAGAGCCCGCAGCCCUUGGAGCAGGGCGCCAGCCCGGGCAGGCCGCAGACGCCGGCGCGCAGGGCGGAGGGCGCGUACGCGGGGACCUUGUAGGCUGGGCUAGGGCUGCUUGCAUGCGUUACUAAUACAACCCACGUGAUCGCGCACUCACCUACUGACUGCUACUGUUGCCUGAGAAAAUGUGAUUUUACUCUGCUUGUAUUUAAAACGGACGAAGGAGACAAACGCGUUCUUUAUACUGUAAACACUGAGGCCGCCGGCCGCCGCCUGGCCACGCAGCCCCCCGGGGCCCAGUCCCUCCCCACCCCCCACGGGCACCUGGCCCUUCCUGCCGCCCUCGUGGCCCAAGCAGGGGCUGGGGGGACCCCCGUCCACUGCGUUCCUGCCCUGGGAGUGAUGCGGGGCUGGGCUCCUCCUGGGUUUUUUCCCCCCUUUUUUCCUGAGACUUGGGUUAGGUGUGUGUGUGGGUGCUCAGGGCAGGCGUGCCGUGCGGGGCGGAGCGGGGACCCUCCGCGGACGCCCUCCCCGCCCUGGGCUUGGUGGCUGUGCUGUGUCUGCCUGGUGCUUUGGAGCAAGAGCUGAGGGCCUGGAGCAGGUGUCCUGGGGUCCCCUCUGGGAAGCACAGCCCGGAAGUGGGGUGUGGGGGCUCCUGCAGAGUGGGGCAACAGCCCAGGCUGGCCCAGGCUGGAGCAGCCCCUCACACAGGGCCCCUUGCGCCCAUGCCAGCAGGUGGAGCCGCGGGCCCAGGCCAGGCUCCACAUGCAGGUCCAGCUGCAGCUGGCAGCCCAGGGAA